AUGGCUUCAACAUCAGCUCCAAUUCCUUGGUGCGGAUUCGAUGAGUUCCACGUCAAGCUUAUCGAGUUUUUCCGUCAGCGUGCUAUGCAAACUCUAGUUCCGUUGAAACUCCGCAAAUUGUGUACAGAUUUCCAGAAAGAGAACCAGAUAAAUUUGGGAAUUGCUCAGCUUCUCCAUCGUGCUAGACUAGUCAAAGAUCGGAUCCAUGAAUUGAAGGAGCUCGAUAUGGAGACUAGGAUCAGAAUGAUGUUCGCAUUGAGCGUUCCUGUCGACCUAUACUUUGCAGCUGAGAUUCGUGAACAAAAAAAUGUGACUCUCGAAUUUGAUAACCGCAAUCGGAUUGCUAAAUAUACGAACGGAGGAGGAAUCAACUUGACCGGCGUACAUACCGGAGUUGGCUUCCGAGCAGUUUCGGACAAAGAUCACACGAUCCAAAACCAAAUGAUGGAGUAUUUAGCAGAAAGAUCAAUGAAAGUCAACGUUCCUCUUCCAACUAAGACCUUCCUCGAUGACUUCAAAAAGCACUUUUUCGAAAAGGACUCACUGGCCCGUCUGUGGAGGAGAUACGAUGCUGUCAAGUCGAGCAUUUCUACCACGACUAAAUACGACUUGAAUAUGCGGAUAAAAAUGAUGUUCGUCUCUGGAGCCAAACUCCCGGAGCGUCUUCUUAGAGAGCUCCAAAACCAUGCAACUAUCCGUGUGGAUGGAAAGAACCGGAUCAUUGAAUACACACCUCAUGGCGGAACAUUUUCACUGAAAGGCGAUCAUAUGAAUUAUGGAAGAAGAAAGUCAGUGCAGGAGGAAGUGGACAAUACAGAAGUUGAGGAUGAUGCGCCGGAAGAAGAAGAGUUUCAGGAAUUUGAGAACAGCAACAUGGUUGUUCCAAAAAGAGAAGAAAGUGAGGAGAGAAAAUGCCGGAAGAGAAAUGCCGUCGAAGAGGUUCCAGGUGUCAGCUCAAUUAAAAGGGAGUGCAAUGAAGAACAGAACUCGGCGAAGCAUCUGGACCAGACACUCCCACAGACUUCAUCCGCAGCUGGAAUUGAAUCAAGAUCAUCCGAACCACUAGACGUCAUCAAUUGUAGAAACGUUUUGAUAGCAAUUCAAAACCUAAUAUACUCUUUGGAUUCUCCUCCAUUCCUCGACGAAGUCUUGCUGAAAAUUGAGGAAACUCUAAUGACCGGAGGUGAAGAGAAGAUUCCAACAGAGGCGCUGAAAUUGGUUCUAAUCUCAAGUCUGGGAAUCGGGAGUUGCUUUGCUGUGGAUAACAAUACGAUGGAAGAUUCAAAGAACUACCGGGAGUUUCUCCUACUGUACCGUUGCACUGUGUACAAUCUCAACAAAAUGGAGCAGCUUGAAGAAAUUCAGCGCAAAAUCAGGGAAUGCAUGGAGAAUGCUGCGAAUAAGAGACUUCCAGCAAAGGGGAUUCGCAAGAUGAUUGAGAACGUUCUGGCUGUGGUUAAUUGA